AGAAAUGAACUCAACGCAUUUACUGCUACCACUCGAGUAGGUUGUCCUUAAUGUCAUGUAUUUAUCUGACAUGUUUUUUCCAUCACCAUUGACCAGAAGACAACUUUGUAGUCGAGCGUUCAUUACCGACAAACACUAAGGACUGAAGUUGAGGCGGGUCGAUGUCUAAAGACAACCGCCAUGAUGGGAGACGGCGUGGCGCUGGCCAGCACCGUCUCGGCCCGAGAGUUAGCCAAGGUGUUGACGGGAGGGAAAGGUCUGGGAGCAACAGCUCUGGCUCCUCGCACGGAGGAGGCAAAAGCAAAAGUACAUCCACGCUUUCAUCUAAGACCUCCUUUCAGCGUUCCAACAGCCACGACAAAGUGCGAAAAAUAGUCGCAGAAGAGGGUCGCACUGCUCGGAAUUUGAUCGCCUGGAGUGUCCCUUUGGAGAACAAAGAGGAGGAAGCAAAAUCCAAAGGCUGUGCCAGCAGCUGUCCAAAGUCUCAAAGGGUCAACGCUGGACAACAGAAGAAUAAAAAACAGAAUGCUGGUGUGGAAAGUAAGAGCACAUCUGGAACCGUAUUGGACAAGGGUACUGACAAGAGCCCCACCAAAGCCAGACAGCCCCGCAAAGUGGACCUGCGUGCUCGAUACUGGGCAUUUCUCUUUGACAACCUGCGUCGGGCAGUGGAUGAGAUUUACGUCACAUGCGAAUCUGAUCAAAGUGUCUUAGAAUGCAAGGAGGUGUUGAUGAUGUUGGACAACUAUGUUCGGGAUUUCAAAGCACUCAUAGACUGGAUUCAGCUUCAGGAAAAAUUGGAGAAAACAGAUGCCCAGAAUAGACCGACUUCUUUAGCAUGGGAGGUGCGAAAGAUGUCCCCUGGACGCCAUGUAAUGCCAAGUCCCACUGCAGACAGAAUAGUACCAUCUUCAGGUACACGUCGCACCCUAAACUUUGGUGGUACUCCACCAGCUCUGGCCGCUGCUCGGCUCUCCCACACAGGUCCCAGCUGGGCGGACAGAGUAAAGUGCACUCAGGCCACCCACAGCACCAGUCAACCAACCACAUUCCCAGCAGAAAAACCCAGUAAAAAAGAUGCAGAAGGCUGGGAGACGGUGCAGCGGGGACGGACUGCCAAACCCCGCUCUGCUUCCAUGGUUGCCAAGGAACAGCCACAGCGCCGUCCUGUGUGUCCCUCGGACAAGGACAUGACCCAAACUGACUUCAGGCAGCAAGUUACCGAGGAGCCUGUCCCAGUGGAGGAGGUUGAACAUCCACAAAAUGGACACAUAAUGGAGCCUCCAGCAGAGCCUAUACAACACUCAGAGCACUGUGUCGACGCACCCUGUGAAGACGUGCCUCCCCCUGUAGCAUCACUUGUCCCAUUCCAGGCCUCAGAGUGCCCCCAGUCCAAAGCCCCAGUCCCACCAACAGACUCUAUUACUAUGUCAAUCCCAGUCUGUGCUCAGACCAUUACAGCAUCCGUCGACCUGCACCAGACGAAUGGGCUCAGUAGUAUGUUGGCCUCUGGGGACGCUGGAGCUGAGGGGGGCGCGUCACAGGGCAUGACAACAUCUGCUCCAGGACGGGCCGAGGCUCCCAUGGCAGCGGUGAAACUGGAGAGUGUGCUGGACCCCACAGAGCUUUCUACUCCUCAGUCGAUGGCCGAGGUUCUGGCCAAGAAAGAGGAGUUGGCGGACCGGCUGGAGAAGGCCAAUGAGGAGGCCAUAGCCAGCGCCAUCGCUGAAGAGGAGCAGCUGACCAGAGAGAUUCAGGCAGAGAAUAACGACCUGGAAACUGACAAUGAAAGUGAUUUUACUGCUAACAGUUGUGGGGUUUAUGGAGGCAACAUCGAUUGGAGCGAUAUGUUGGCUGAAUUUGAUGCUCGAGAAUCUUGGCGUCAGAGUACCUCUUGGGGGGACAUAGUAGAGGAAGAGCCGGCCCGCCCUCCUGGACAUGGAAUCCACAUGCAUGAGAAAUUGUCCUCUCCAUCACGCAAAAGAACAAUUGCGGAGUCAAAGAAGAAACACGAGGAGAAACAACUGAAGGCGCAGCAGCUGAGGGACAAACUCCGUGAGGAAAAGACGCUCAAGUUGCAGAAGCUCAUGGAGAGAGAAAAGGAUGUGCGAAAAUGGAAAGAGCAGUUGUUGGACCAGCGUCGGAAGAUGAUGGAAGAAAAACUUUUGCACGCCGAGUUCAAGAGAGAGCUGCAACUCCAGGCCAUUGUGAAGAAAGCUCAAGAAGAAGAGGCCAAGGUGAAUGAAAUAGCUUUCAUCAACACUCUGGAAGCCCAGAAUAAGAGGCACGACGCCCUAGCCAAGUUAAAUGAAUAUGAACAACGCCUUAAUGAGCUGCAGGAAGAAAGGCAGAGAAGACAAGAAGAGAAGCAGGCUAGAGAUGAGGCAGUGCAGGAACGCAAGCGGGUCUUAGAAGCAGAGCGGCAGGCAAGAGUGGAGGAGCUGCUUACGAAGAGGAAGGAGCAGGAGGCUCGUAUCGAGCAGCAGCGGCAGGAGAAAGAGAAAGCCAGGGAGGAUGCAGCAAGGGAAAGGGCCAGAGACCGAGAGGAGCGUCUGGCUGCUCUUAGUGCCGCCCAGCAAGAGGCCAUGGAGGAGCUUCAGAAGAAAAUUCAAAUGAAGCAUGACGAGAGCAGCCGAAGGCAUAUGGAGCAAAUAGAGCAAAGAAAAGAGAAAGCUGCUGAGCUCAGCAGUGGUCGACAUGCGAACACAGACUACGCCCCUAAACUGACACCUUACGAGCGCAAGAAACAGUGCUCACUUUGUGGUGUUGUGAUCACCUCAGAGGUGCACCUGUUCAGCCACACCAAGGGCAAGAGGCACCAGCAGGCCGUGCGAGACAGUAGCAGCAUCCAAGGCCGGGAGCUCUCUGAUGAGGAAGUGGAGCAUCUCUCCUUAAAGAAGUAUAUUGUGGACAUACUGACGGACAGCUCCGUCUCCUCUGAGAGUGUGAAGGAUGGUGAAGAGCGCCAGAAAGCGAGGAAGAAAGCAAAGAAGCUUCGUGCCAGAAUGAACUCCAGAGCGAAGGAAUAUGAGAAUUCAAUGGAGGCAAAGAAUCAGGUUCUUGACUCCCCAUACAAAGCCAAAUUGCAGCGUUUAGUUAAAGACCUACUGAAGCAGCUGCAGGGCCAAGAUGGAGGACAGUGGGCCAACAACAAAGCAUCUGGACUGGACAGAACUCUGGGAGAAAUCUCUCGUAUCUUAGAGAAACGGAAUAAUGCAGACCAAGUGGCCUUCCAAGUGGGCGGUGGCCUGAGCGCUUUGGAGCAAAUUUUGCAGGUCAUCACUUCUGUUACCACACCCACUGCAGUCCCACGUAUUCCUAUCAAAUCUCUCUGUGCUGCUGUAAAUACCUACUGUCUGGUAUGUUCCUCCUGUACCUUCAACUGCAGUUAUGUGCUCUUUAGCAACAAGAUAGUCUUCCUCAUGGACCUGCUGCUUCACCAACUAACACUGUAUGUUCCAGAUGAAGACAAAUCCAUUUUUGGCUGCAGCAUAAACAAACAGGUCUUUGAAGGGCUCACAACAGGCCUGCUUCAGACCAUUGCUGCCAUUUUGAAGCCCCUGUUUCUCUGCGUUGUUGAGUCGGGCCAAUGUGAAAACUUUUGGAUUUCAUCUUCAGGUGCCAAGGUCAAUAGUUCUGCUGUAGAGUCCUACAGCACUCGACUUCAAGAUCUUAUCAGUUAUGUAGUAAACAUGGGCUUAAUUGACAAGUUGUAUGGAUGCUUCCUGUCAGUCCAAAGCCCUAUAGAUGAGCACCCCAAGAUGUCUGCUUUUCUGGAGCAAGCCUCGUCUCUGCUGAACCGAAUGUGUGAGCUGUGCUUUGUCGUAACUGGACGGGCUCCCAAUAUUUUUGACAAUAAACGGCAGGAUCCAACUGGACUUACAGCCGUUUUGCAGUCCACUGACCUGGUGGGAGUGGUGCAUACCCUUUAUUGCAUCCUGCUGCACAGUUUCUCGCCAGAGUCUGCCUCCCAGACUCAAGAACCCUACGGCCCUGGGGUCAUCCAGGUGGCUAUACACGGCAUCCGGUUCCUCAACAGUUUUGCCAUUCUUGACCUAUCGGCAUUUCAGUCUGUUCUUGGAGCUGAGGGCCUCUCUCUGGCGUUCCGACACAUCGUCAGCUCGCUGCUCUGGUACUGUACCCAACAUUCCUCUGAAGAGCUGCUUCACGAAGUCAUCAUCUGUGUGGGAUACUUCACUGUUAACCACCCAGACAACCAGGUGAUAGUGCAGUCUGGCCGCCAGCCCAGCGUUCUGCAGAAACUUUGUCAGCUGCCCUUCCAGUACUUCAGCCACCCACGUCUUAUCAGAGUGUUGUUUCCGACCCUCAUCUCGGCCUGUUACAACAACUCUCACAACAAGGCGAUCCUGCAGCAGGAGAUGAGCUGCGUGCUGCUGGCUACCUUCAUUCAGGACUGUGUUCCAAAUGAGAAAGACUCGGAGACUAAGAUAUAUAAGAGCGCUACCCGAUGUCUGCAGAAUGAUUGCCUGCUGUCCUACCGCUUUCCAAGAGAUCAGUGGGACUCAGCCUUGCAGUUUUUCCUCAAGAAGCAGGAGGAGUGAUGGAGUUGAACUCUGUCCUCCGAAUUAAAAAAAGCACAGUUAAACAGUUGCAAAGGGUAAUUUCUUGGUGACAGUCUUUUCAUUCAGAGAUUUAUCUUUAGACUUUGUCAAAUGUAAAUAAGUCGAAGCCUUAUGUUGCAUCCAUUUUGAUUUCUUGGAAAUCUUGUUGAUGCAAAAGAGAAUUUGCACAAAAUGUCUUAUUUGUUCUUUACAGUUUGAACACUUUACUGUAGUCUGUUUACGGUUUAAGUUGUUUUGCAUUCAUUUGUUUCUGUUGCACAGUUAAUAGAAAUAAAACAUUUAAUUAUACUGUAACUAUACAGGUUGCCAAGCAUUCUCAUCAGUGCUGUCUGUUAAUUUGUUGUAUUUUGGUGGUUACUUAUGCGUUAGCUACUCCACUAUAUUUUUUUUUCAUCUCUUCGUAUUGCAAGGUAUUAAUUGUUGACAGGAGGAACUUACAAGAUCACAAGUGUGUUGUAUGAGCAUAAAUACUGCUCACAGAUACUCGUUACUUUAUUCAACUAGUCAGUUUACUGCUUGAGUCGUUUCAAUCCAUUUUGUUUGAUCAAUUCAUAGAAAUAGGAUACAUUUAGUUAUUUAGAAUUUGCCGGUCAUUUUUAGUAGUACGGUUUCUGUUAAUUUAUUGGAUAUAGACUCAGAAUGGUUUGUUGUGUCAUUUGAAAGUUGAUGGUUCAUUUGAAAGAUAUGUGAGGUUUUUACAGUGUAAUGACAUUGUUCUUCUGCUUGUGGGAGCAAUUUACAAGUUAAUAUGUAUGUAGUAUUAGUCUAAAUAACUUAUUUUUAAGUUAUUUUCUGCACUACGUUAAAAAAAAUAGACAUUUGCUCUUCAGAUAAUUCAUUUACUGUUUGAACAUUUCAUUUGAAUCCACCUCUUCCUGUUGUGCGGUUAGUUGGGGAAAAAACAUUUUCUUAUACUGUUAUUUAUAAUUUGCCAAUUACUUUCUGUACUGUUUCUGUUAAUUUAUUUGUUUUUGUAUCACAAGAAUCUGAGUCUUUAUGUUGCCAGUCAUACUGUUAUACAGAAAAUGUUUACGAUUUAUGUUUAAUUUCAUAAUUUGUCAUCAUUGUUUUCAUGUUGUUCAAGGAGUCAUUUACAAGCUAAUAUAUUUCAGUUAAUAAAGUUAUUCAAAAUACUA